AAAGAAGUUUAAUUAAUAAAAUGAAUAGAAAAUAAACUUAUAUUGAGCAGGAAGAAAUAUAUGAAUACCCAUCGGAUACACCAUAUAGAAAUAACAAUUAUCAAUAAUACACUCCCAGAAGAGGAUUUCAAUUAGGCCAUAUUUGGAGUUCAUCUUAAUAUGCUUAAUCAAGUGUAAGACCGUAGAGAUCAAUCUUUACAAGACAAAGUCAUUAAGUUUAUAACAAUUCUUCAAAAUAAACAAAGGCAAAUGGUUAAGUUCCAGCAUUUGAUGAUUUACUUGAUUAAAAAGAAUAUAGUUUUAAAUAGCAAAAAGUAUUGCCAUCUUUUGGGAAUUUUAAUUAGAUUCAAUAAGUAAACAUUUAAUUGAAAUAAAUUAUAGAAAGGAGAGGAGGAUGAGACCUUUUACAAUUAAUUGGGUAACAUAUAAUAAUAGAUGAUUGAAUUGGAUUAGACAAUGGAGAAAUUGGAAUCAAAGAUGCAAGAGAUAAAAAUUUAGUAGUUGAAUUUUUUGAAUAAUAAUAAUUGUAAUAGUUCUGUAGUGGAAUAAGAAGUUUAAGAGAAAUAGUAAUAAAAAUAGUAUUAAAAUAAUAACAGUAUUUAAUGGAAGGUGUUUAAUUUGAAGAAGGAAAUCUAGGAUGAGUAAAUUGGUAUAAUAAAUUAUUGAUAUAUAUAUAGUUGAAUUAGGUAAGCCAGAUGAUUUCGAGAAACUUUAGAUAGUAUAUAUAUAAUAGAACAUAAAUGGGAUAGUUGGAAGAUUAGGUCAUUUACUAUAAAAUUAAUCAUAAUAGAAAUUGUGUUUUAGGAAUACAGAGAUUGACGAAGGAGGAGAAAUAUGUUUUUCAUUUAAUAAAAAUUUGAAUCGAUUCACAAAGAUAUAUAAAUGCAAAUUCUGUCCUUUAACUUUUUAGAAGGCAUGUUCUUUAGGGUAUGAAAAUAUAUUAAUUUUUAGUGGUCAUAUAUCAAGAUCACAUAAGGAGGAAUCUUAAUAAAGUAAAAAGGAAGCUUAGCCUAUUAAGAAGACAAGCAUUUAGAAAUAAAAAAAGGCAUCUCUAUAAAAAUCAAUAGGUAUUUAACUAAUGCAAUUAUGAAAAUGAAUAUUAUAUAUAUAGAAUAUAU